AUGUGGGGAGAAGCCAUGCAGAAGAGCCUGGGAGACAAUGACGUCCUCUUUCAAGAUGCGCAUCGACAGCAAUUCAGGCACUUCAGCUACAAGGAGGCUGAGGAGCCCCGAGAGAUCUGCAGUCGACUCCACCAUCUUUGCCACCAACUGUCCUUUCACGUAUCGCCACUUCUGUUUCAGGUGCAGAAGAGGAUGGUGCAGGACUCUUAUCACAGAGCAGCUUUUCCAGGUGAUGCCAUAAAACCAAUGAUAUCUUCUUUGCCAUCUCUUUGUGAUGGAGAAAAGGUGGCUUCUGUGCAAGCAGAUCAGGGCCUGGUGACCUUUCUGGAGGUAUCUGUUUAUUUCACGGAGGAGGAGUGGGCCCUGCUAGAUCCGGACCAAAGGCGGCUUCACAAGGAAGUCAUGGGGGACAAUUAUCAGAAUGUGGCCUCCCUGGUGGCUGAUAGUCCCCAGAAAAAGCCUGAGGGUGAACCACAACACCUUCUAUUUGAUGGAAAACAACAGAAGAGAAACGCUGGAACAAAAAGGAAGAGGGGGAAUGAAUGCUCUGCUUCUCAAGCUGCUGUAUCCAACGUGUUUGAUACACCCUGGAGAAUCCACACAGGGGAGAAACCUUAUAAAUGCUUGCAGUGCGGAAAGAACUUUGCUCGGAGUUCAAAGCUUACUAUCCAUCAGCAUAUCCACACUGGGGAGAAACCUUAUGAAUGUUUGCAGUGUGGAAAGAACUUUGCUCAGAGUUCACAUCUUACUGACCAUCAGCGUAUCCACACUGGGGAGAAACCUUAUGAAUGCUUGCAGUGUGGAAAGAACUUUGCUCGGAGUUCAAACUUUACUAGACAUAAGCGUAUCCACACUGGGAAGAAACCUUAUACAUGCUUGGAGUGUGGAAAGAGCUUUGCUCAGAGUUCACAUCUUACUGUCCAUCAGCGUAUCCACACUGGGAAGAAACCUUAUAAAUGCUUGCAGUGCGGAAAGAACUUUGCUCAGAGUUCAGAGCUUACUAUCCAUCAGUGUAUCCACACUAGGGAGAAACCUUAUAAAUGCUUGGAUUGUGGAAAGAGCUUUGCUUCGAGUUCACAUCUUACUGUCCAUCAGCGUAUCCACACGGGGGAGAAACCUUAUAUAUGCUUGGAGUGUGGAAAGAACUUUGCUCAGAGUUCACAUCUUACUGUCCAUCAGCGUAUCCACACGGGGGAGAAACCUUAUAAAUGCUUGCAGUGUGGAAAGAGCUUUGCUCGGAGUUCACAGCUUACUAUCCAUCAGUGUAUCCACACUUGGGAGCAACCUUAUAAAUGCUUGGAUUGUGGAAAGAGCUUUGCUUGGCGUUCACAGCUUACUAGACAUCAGGGUAUCCACACGGGGGAGAAACCUUAUAAAUGCUUGCAGUGUGAAAAGAGCUUUACGCAGAGUUCAGAGCUUACCAACCAUCAGCGCAUCCACACUGGGGAGAAACCUUAUGAAUGCUUGCAGUGUGGAAAGAGCUUUGCUGUGAGUUCAGACUUUACUAGACAUCAGCGUAUCCACACUGGGGAGAAACCUUAUAAAUGCUUGAACUGUGGAAAGUACUUUGUUCAGAGUUCACAGCUUACUAGACAUCAGCGUAUCCACACGGGGGAGAAACCUUAUAAAUGCCUGCAGUGUGAAAAGAGCUUUACGCAGAGUUCAGAGCUUAUUAACCAUCAGCCCAUCCACACUGGGGAGAAACCUUAUAAAUGCUUGCCAUGUGGAAAGAGCUUUGCUCGGAAUUCACAGCUUACUAGACAUCAGCGUAUCCACACGAGGGAGAAACCUUAUAAAUGCUUGCAGUGUGAAAAGAGCUUUACGCAGCAUUCAGAGCUUACCAGCCAUCAGCGCAUCCACACGGGGGAGAAACCUUAUAAAUUCUUGCAGUGUGAAAAGAGCUUUACGCAGCAUUCAGAGCUUACUAACCAUCGGCGCAUCCACACUGGGGAGAAACCUUGUAAAUGCUUGGAGUGUGGAAAGUACUUUGCUCAGAGUUCACAUCUUACUGUCCAUCAGCGUAUCCACACGAGGGAGAAACCUUAUAAAUUCUCAGCCAAGGUGACCUUUGGUAUAUCCACCCACGCCUUGGCACCAAACACUCUCAAAUGCUUCAAGGAUGGAUUCCUUUUAUACAAAGCUGUAUAG